AUGGGUCCAGAAGUAAGAGCUGCCAUCAUAUUGAAUGCCACAUUUGUUCGUCCUGCAAAGUUCUAUCUCAAUGGGUUCACCAACAUGCCUCAUGAAAAGUAUUACUAUGUGUUUUUGUGUUUUGUCUACAUCAUGACUGUUCUGGGGAACGGCCUCCUUCUCACAGUCAUUUACCUGGUGGAGGCUCUGCAUACUCCUAAAUACAUGCUGGUGUUUAACCUGGCUUUCGCUGAUUUGUGUGGCAGCACUGCUCUCAUCCCAAAACUCUUAGAAACAUUCUUGUUUAACAAAAGGUACAUUGUCUACGAGGCGUGUUUGAGUUAUAUGUUCUUUGUUUUAUUCUUUAUAAGUGUGCAGUCAUGGACGCUUGUUGCAAUGGCAUAUGACAGAUUGAUAGCAAUUUGUUUUCCUUUAAGGUACCAUAGUAUUGUGACUAAACCAGCUAUUGGCUUAAUGCUUCUGUUUUCAUGGGUUUUUAUGCUCAGUGUAGUAGCAUACAUGGUUAAGCUUAUUGAUCGCCUCUCAUUCUGUGGAUCUUUGGUGGUAAACAGUUAUUUCUGCGAUCACUCCCCUGUAUUCCGACUGGCUUGUAAUGACAUAUCCUUCAGUCACUUCUAUGAACUUGUUGCUGCAAUGAUAAUCAUCUGGUUGCCUCCUUUAUUGAUAGCAGUGACAUACUUUUGCAUUUUCACAGCACUGAGCAGGAUAGCGUCAGGAGAGGAACGACUCAAAGCACUGAAAACGUGUUCUUCUCAUCUGAUCCUUGUGGCUCUUUUCUUCUUUCCUAUUAUUGGCACCAACAUAGCUUCCCAAUUCUCUUUUGUCCAUCCUAAUGCCAGGAUUGUAGGCUACACUCUGACAAACACCAUACCUGCUCUUCUCAACCCUAUCGUUUACGCUUUAAAGACUGAAGAAGUGCUGAACUCUUUAAAAAAGCUUUGCAAAAGAAAUAGUAUCAACAACACAUCCUCAUCCAGGAAGGUGAAAUCUGUAAUGUUGCUGUCCUGAUACAUCAAGGAGUGUUACAAUUAACAACUGUUUGUUACUUUUUACAUUCAACAUUUUAAUAAAAAGUGCUACAAA